AUUAAUUACACGCAGUUGCGCAUUUCAUAGAAACUCAAUGAAUUCCAGGCCUGAUUUCAAAAUUCUAGCCUUUAUCAUUCUUUUAGAUCAAUCGAAAUAAUUCAGAAUAAUUUACGACCGAAAUUAAAAAAUUCAGAUGUUUGUAAAUUGAAUGGAAUCCAGAACUUUCCGUAUACAGAUUUUAAAUUUCAUUUCUGAAUUGAGAGUGCUAUUCGGAAUGUAUAAGCCCGGCUUAAAAGUUGUGAUCAUAAUAUGACAACUUCACUGAACGAGCGAAAGAUAAGAACCAUCGAGAUAUUCGAUCAGUCGAAACAAUCGAUAGAUCUCGACUCUGUACCUCGAACUUCCCUAGUAACUGCAAUUUUUUGUACCUGGUUUGUACUCCGUUGUCAUGUGCAUGUUGAGUUUGUGUACUGUAAACUGUUGUGUACGUUGUGACCUUCGUAAUCUAUAAAAAGAGUCGUCAAUAAUUAUUAUUAAACGUCGGUUAUUAAACUGGUAAUGAACAGAUUUUUAAUAAGUGUUUAAAGUGAAAGAAAAAUGUGCGAUUUUUUUAUUUAAAUUUAGGAUUUUUACUUAUCAGAUUUAACAAUGUCAUCAAUUGACAAAUUAAGACUUCUUGUAUGGAAGAACUUUCUUCUUCAGAGAAGACACAAGUGGCAAACAUUGUUUGAAAUAUUAUCACCUGUGAUAUUUUGUAUUUUUUUAAUAUCCACAAGAUGCCUUCUGGCUCCAAAAUCGAUUCCAAAGACAAGCUAUGCACCAUUCUUCCCUACUUAUUUCAAUGUAUCAUCACAAAAUCAUGAGAAUCUCACAUCUGCAAACAUGGCACUAGCAUAUUCUCCAGACAAUGCACUUACAAGGGUAGCAACAAAAAGUGUAUUUUCUACUAUAGUUGAUGAUAAUUUUGGAUUUUUUGGAUCUCUUCUAUUUGGACUUAGUUCCCUUCCUGAACCCAUAGGAUAUAAAAAUGCAAAAGAGUUGGAAGCAGUACUUACACAGCCUCAUGCUAUGAACCAUAUCCUAGCUGGCAUUCAGUAUGAUGAUGAUAUGGCUAAUGCUACAUCAUGGCCUGAAAACAUUAAAGUAACAUUAAGGUUCCCGGCCACUAUGCGCAGUCCGUCACUAGAUCAUCCACUCUUGACUGGGUGGAGAACAAAUUUACUAUUCCCCCUCUUUCCUCAAUCAGGGCCAAGAGAACCUGAAGAUAAAUUUGGAGGAAGAUCACCAGGCUAUUCACAAGAAAUGUUUCUUGCUAUUCAGCAUGCGAUCUCACAAAAUAUAAUAAAACAAAAAACUGGAAAAAGCAUAAAUACUGAUGUAUACCUCCAACGAUUACCUCAACUUGCAUCAAGAGAAGAUAUGCUUUUAACAAUUCUGGAAAGAUUUGUCUCCAUGACGCUUAUGUUGGGCUUUGCUUACACAUUCGUAAACACUGUGCGAGCUGUGACUACAGAAAAAGAAUUGCAACUAAAGGAAACUAUGGCUAUAAUGGGACUUCCUUCGUGGUUGCACUGGGUAGCGUGGUUUAUAAAACAAUUUUCAUUCCUAUUCGUAACGGUUGUUAUAAUAGUAAUUAUGUACAAAAUCCCGUUCCAGCAUACAGCUACUGGUGACGCGUUUGCAGUGUUCACUUACACACCAUGGACGGUUCUUUUGUUCCUAAUGGUGCUAUUUAUAAUCGUGUCACUUGCAUUUUCCUUUAUGAUAAGCGUGUUUUUCUCUAAAGCUAACACAGCAGCGUCCGUAAUGGCACUGAUUUGGUUCGCAACAUUUUCCGUAUUUAUGUUCACUCAACUGAUACAUGAGAAUGUCAGUUAUCGAACAAAGUUUCUUCUCUGCCUAUUCUCGAACAGUGCUAUAGGAUAUGCCUUCCAAAUGGUUAUAAUUGCAGAAGGAACUUCUAAAGGUUUGCAAUGGGCUGAUUUCUUCAAGCAGAUAUCUUACCACGAGCCAUUCCUACCGGGUCAUGUAGUUUUAAUGCUGUUAUUCGACACCGUGCUGUAUAUGGCAAUCGCUGCGUAUGUUGAAAAGAUAAAGCCUGGAAUUUACGGUGUUCCUUUACCAUGGUACUUUCCAUUUACUAAAAGUUUCUGGUCACCGGUAAAAAUGGUUGACGUAAAUGAAAAAAAAUGUGUAGUCGACACCGAUUCAGAAUACAAUGAUGCGCUUUUAAAAGUGGUACAUGACGAGGAACCGAAGGGUGUGCCUAUAGGUGUCAACAUGCAAAACCUUACGAAAAUAUACAAAGGUCGCAAAAGGGCAGUGGACAACCUAAACCUACGUAUGUAUGAAAACGAGAUUACCGUAUUACUGGGACACAACGGAGCUGGAAAAACGACAACAAUAUCAAUGCUAACAGGCAUGGUACCUCCGACGUCAGGCUCGGCGACCAUAAACGGGUACAACAUAGUGAGUGAGAUGGAGCUGGCGCGACGCUCGGUGGGCAUCUGUCCGCAACACAACGUGCUGUUUCCGGACCUCACCGUGGCCGAGCACAUCGUGUUCUACGCGAAGCUCAAGGGCGUGCCGCAGAACAAGAUCCGCGCUGAAGUGGAUCACUUCAUAAAGGUGCUAGAGUUAGAGGAGAAGCGAGACGCGUUGUCGUCGACGCUGUCGGGCGGGCAGAAGCGGCGGCUGUCGGUGGGCUGCGCCAUGUGCGGCGCGUCGCGCGUGGUGUUGCUGGACGAGCCCACCUCGGGGCUCGACCCCGCCGCGCGCCGCGCGCUCUGGGACCUGCUGCAGAAGGAGAAGAGAGGACGCACCAUGAUCCUCACCACGCACUUCAUGGACGAGGCGGACGUGCUGGCGGACCGCAUCGCCAUCAUGGCGGGCGGCCGGCUGCAGUGCGUCGGCACGCCCUACUUCCUCAAGCGGCACUACGGGGUCGGCUACAAGCUCACCGUUGUCAAGGACGACGGCUGCCCAGUCGAUGAUGUCACCAGGUUUUUCAAGUCUCACGUACCCAAAGUUAAGAAAAAUUCCAACAUAGGAUCUGAACUGACUUAUAUUUUUCCAUUUGAAAAUGUUAACCAAUUUCCGGAAAUGCUUCAACAAUUUGAGGAAAAAAGAAAUGUUUUCCGUAUUUCUAGCUACGGUCUGUCUAUAACCAGUCUUGAGGAAGUGUUUAUGAAAGCCGGAGCAGAAGAUAAUUCGGAUAUCGUAGAACUUCUUAAAAAUGGAGAGAAACACGAUGUUGUUGUUCCUCAGAAUGGAAAUAUACACACAUUCGAUAUCGAUGACACAAUCGCUGUUAAAGAAAAGAAAGUUCGCGGUUUCAAAUUGCUAAGGAAUCAUAUAAAGGCUACAUUUAUUAAACUCGCAUACAACACGAUCAGAAACAAAGGCCUAGCUUUUACGCAACUGUUAUGGCCUGUUAUAAACAUAGGACUCUCUAUGAUAGUAUCGGCAUCGUGGAAAUUUUUGGCCGAUCUACCGCCUUUAGAACUUAGCUUGGAGAGGGGAUACCAGAAAACGCAAACAAUAAUAUCCCAAGCACAUAAUCUCACGGAAGGCAGCCUCGCAGCAAGGGCACUGAUCGCUUACAAAGAUUACUUCAAAACGUCGACGAUACCGAGCAUGACUCUCACGGAUGUAGGAGCGAUGGAUAUUGAAAAAUUCUAUUUGAAAUUGAGCGAAACGGAGCCAUCUCGGGUGCGUUACGAGACGCUGGUGGGCGCGACGUUCGGCCGCGACAACGUCACCGCGUGGUUCAGCAACUACGGCUACCACGACUGCGCCACUGCGCUUGCGCUCGUCGAUAACGCAAUAAUGGCCGCUCUGUCACCUGGCACCACUUUAAGAAUCGUGAAUUAUCCACUACCUUACUCUGUUGAGAACAUGAUCCAGAUUAUGGCAACUGGUGCAAGUUUGGGUUUUAUGUUGUCGUUCAGCCUCGGAUUUUGUGUAGGCAUCUUGAGCGCGUUCCUCAUACUUUUUGUCAUCAAGGAACGCACGAGUGGUGCGAAGCUUCUACAGCGUGUGUCGGGGCUGCGGCCCGCCGUGCUGUGGGGCGCGGCGCUCGCCUGGGACUGGCUCUGGAUGUUGAUAUUACACCUCUGUGUCAUCGCCACCAUUGCAGGCUACCAGGAAAAAUCUCUCUCCACCUUUCAUGAACUCGGUCGCGUUUUUUUGGUGCUUUUAGUGUUUUCCUUCGCAAUAAUACCCAUACAUUAUCUGGUUUCAUUCUUUUUCGACGAAGCGUCCACCGGCUUUAGCAAAAUGGUUUUUGUGAAUAUUUUUACGGGAUCAAUGCCGUUUCUGUUAACCGAAAUAUUAAGGAUGCCAGAGCUUGGCAGCGAAUCAAUUGCUGUUAUAUUUGAUAACAUCUUCUCUGUUUUACCUUUAUACAGCCUAAGCAGAAGCAUAAGAGAAAUGAUCGUAUCAUCUAUCAAGAUGAACGCGUGUGACAGUUUGUGCAGUCAGCUGGACUUGAAGAACUGCACGCGGCUCACGGUGUGCCACAAACUAAACCUCGAUAUAUGUUGUAUUGAUGACAACCCGUUUUUGACAUGGGAGGAGCCUGGAGUCGCGCGGUACCUGGUCACGAUGGUGAUAGUCGGUGUCGUAGCAUUUUCCAUCCUACUGAUAAAGGAAUACGAGCUAUUGAACAAGCUGAUGUGGAUGGCUCCUCGCCGGCCGGAGCUGCCGGCCGCCGUGGACGAUGAGGACGAUGACGUCGCCGCGGAGAGACGAGUGGCGAGCGAGCUUACUGCUGCAGAGAUAGCGACCCACAGCCUCGUGUGCAGGGACCUCACCAAGUACUACAAGCAGUUCCUGGCGGUGAACCGGCUCACGUUCGCGGUGCGCAAGGGCGAGUGCUUCGGGCUGCUGGGCGUGAACGGCGCCGGCAAGACGAGCACGUUCCGCAUGCUCACCGGCGACGCGCGCAUCUCCGCCGGCGACGCGUUCGUGCACGGAUACUCUCUGCGCGGACACGUACGCGACGUUCACCGGCUCAUCGGGUACUGCCCGCAGUUCGACGCGCUGUUCGACAACCUGACCGGCCGCGAGACGCUGCGCAUCUUCUGCCUGCUGCGAGGCAUCCCCGCCGCGGUGGGGGCAGCCAGGGCGCUGCACCUCGCCACCACGCUGGGCUUCAUCAAGCACUACGACAAGAAGGUGCACGAGUGCAGCGGCGGAACCAAGCGCAAGAUCAGCACGGCCGUCGCGCUGCUCGGCGACUCGCCGCUGAUAUUCCUGGACGAGCCGACGACGGGCAUGGACCCCGCGUCCAAGCGGCUGGUGUGGGCGUGCGUGAACGAGGCGGCGGUGGCGGGCCGCAGCGUGGUGCUGACGUCACACAGCAUGGAGGAGUGCGAGGCGCUGUGCUCGCGGCUCACCAUCAUGGUCAACGGCCGGCUCUACUGCCUCGGCCCGCUGCAGCAUCUCAAGACCAAGUUCUCACAGGGGUAUACAUUGAUAGUAAAGUGCUCGUCGGGGCCGCAAAGGAAUAAAAAUAUUAUCAACAUAGACAAAUACAUCACCGAAAACUUCACUGAUGCUAAGCUUAUUGAAACGUAUCUGGAUAUCAGCACGUACUCGCUGGCCAGCAAGGGGCUGCCGUGGUGGCGUGUAUUCUCUAUAAUGGAAAGGGCGAGGACUGAGUAUCCCAUCGAAGACUACUCCGUCUCACAAACUACAUUGGAACCAGUAUUCCUCAGGUUUACUAAUUCGCAAAUAGAAAGCAAAGUAUCUGAACAACAUUGUUAACACAUUAUGAUUGGGCAUUAUUAUUACAAAGUGAUUCUGUAAGUUGUGUCAUGAUGUGAACGUGAGAUGAAUUGAUAUAUUUGUUAUUACGCUCGGAGUGAUAGGUGGGUAUGCAGUUUAUUCAAUAUAGUAUUUCCUUAUAGACAAAUCGACAUGUGCAGAAAUGUAUUAUAGAAUUAGCCUCAAUAACAUUGAUGAGUAAUCAUAACGGUUGAAAGAAUCGUAUCUAAGCGACAAUCGGUAAACGUCAAUUUAAAGUUUUGAUUUUAAUAAAUAAUUCAUAACAACUAGACUAUUAAUUUAUAAAAAUAAAUAAGAAUAAUAUAAAAAAUGUCCUAAAGAUAAAUAAAAAUCCUAGAUUAAACGACCCAGAAAAUAUAUGUCGCUUAGAUAUUAUUGCCUUUUAAGCGUUGAUAUAUAGACGUUCAGUAUUACAUGUUUAGAGAGUUCACUAAAUUUAUUUAUAUUUUCAUGUCAUGGUUUUAGUUCCUACACAUCGCUUCUUUAGAGAAUAACUUUAGCGUACGUUUUUUACUUAUAGGGGUAAUGCUUUAUAACAUGAUAUUAAAAACACCUCACAGACAUUUAACACGUGGAUAAUAUGCAAAUAUAAUACUCGAUACAAAUAUUCAAAAUAUAGCAAACGCUUUAAUGAACAAUCUCAAAAAUACAUUUCUUUACAAAUAUUAAUUAUGUGCAUUUAUAUCUAGUAGGUAUUACACACAAUUAUAUUAUUUACUUAAAAAACUAAUUAUAAUUAUGUUAUUAGUUUGAAAAAUAUCCAAAUGCAUCUAAUAUAAAAAACUAUACCCACACCCGCAAUUUGACUAGACCUGUAGUAAGUUAAGAGUGUCGUAAAAGUGCAGGUAUUCCAUAUCAGCGGUUUAAAAAAAUAAAUGAUCCCAAUCUCAAUCUUUAAUUCGAGUCCGAGAACGAACCUAUCGGAAAAAGUUAUUUGUAAGCAUGUGAUUUUUUUCUAUUUGAUCCAUUAACGCGACGGUAAAAAAAACGAUAAGGAUAAUUUCUGAAAAUGGCGGUUAGCCUGCUAAAUCAGGUAAGAAAAGUUUAUUUUAAGUUAAGAAUACACAUUUGUAAGUUACAUAAGUUACUUAAGUACGUAAGUUGUACGCAAAUGGUAAAAAAAUCGCUAAAAAUAAAAAUGUUUUACUGUAACCAGCCCAUAAAGCUGUUUGUACAUUCGUUAAUGUUUUGUGCAAGUAGCUUUUGUAAUUUACUUAUUUAUUUCAAACUUAUAAAUGUAACACCCGUCUUCCGAUGACUAAUUUCAGGUAGGCCAAGUUAGUGUUCGUGUUGUUAAAGCAAUCCUUAUUAAAAUUUUGCUCAGUUACUAUGACCACAAAUUACUACAUUAUAUUUAAUAACAGCACAUAUUGUAUUCGUACUUAAAUGUAUCGUACUUAUAUGUAUUGUUGUCUGUACUUAUUUUAUCUACUUAAAAUUACUCACGGUCUCUAAGUAAAUUUAAAGUAUAUGGAUAAGGAAUGGAAUGAAUACGCAGAAAAUAUAUAAAACUUAUUGCUAGUUAAAUGAAUUAUUUAUUUUGAAAAUUUAAAAUUAUGUUAUACUGAAAUGUAAAUACAUUUCCUAACGCUUUUAACAUAAUCUGAUGAAAAAUCACAAUCAAUGAAAUGGAAUUCCGGAUCUGAAUCCAGACUUGCUUGCAGACGCUAGCUAAUGACAUUCUUCCAGAUCAAUCUUAAUAAAUUAACCCCCUUAUUCAUAGACGUUUUUUUUAUCUAAGGACGGAGUAAAGCUGUGAUAACAAGUCUGUUUCUCAGUGCUGACGGCAUGGCAGCCUUCACAUGCCAUGCCCUCAGCAACAGGUUUUUGGAUUCAGAAAAGGGAAAACACGUCUUCAAAAUCCCGACGUUACGGUGUAUAAAAGAGGCUAUCAAGAGGAUAAUGCGGAAUGUAAGGUGUAUAAAGUACAUAGCGUAAUAGUAACGUCAUUUAUGUCACAAAAUUCUAUGAAUUACCAAUAUUUCUACAUUUAAGAAUUAUUUUAAAGGUAUGUAUUUUUAAAUUGAUAUUUAGGUACACAUAUUAUUUACAGAUACGUAAUAUAUUUGUUGAUGUUGUGUAUUGUUGGAUGUUGAUAGUUUAUUUCUAUUUUAUCUAUCGACAGAUAUAAUGUGUCGCAAGGAAUUUUAAAUAAUAGCAGCUUGGUUUAAUACUACAAGUGCCUUUGGAAGUAUUGUUCAGAAAAAUAUACUUAUUUAUCAUUGUAUUCAAUUCUACAUUUUUAAGAAGGCUAAGAAUGUUGUAAUUAUAUAACAUAUAAAAAUUGUAUGUACCUAUUUUGCCUUCAGCGCAAAAACCAUUCUUGUUUAUUGAUUAUUUGGUUUGCGGUAGGCGUGAUAUUAAUGAAAACCAAAAAUAUUUUUUUUGUAAUUAAGAUUUACAACAUUUAUGCUGUUUAAGGUCUCUGUUGGAAAAUACUUGAUCAGGAAAAUAAACCUGCUUUGAUGGCGCCACUUUUGCUUUUUCACUUAAAAGUAACGUUGUCAAUAUAAGAAAUUAGUUCCAUAUUUUACCACACAUGUAUUUCUUUAUUUUCCUGAUAAAAACAUCUAAUACUCAUCUCUACAUCAUGUUUGACCUUUUACUAAAUUACUUAUUUUUAGGACUAUUAAAUGAGAUCAUCAAUCACUAAAGUUUAUUGUCUUAUUACGGCCAUAAUCGAGCUGAUGCCAGAUUAAAAGUAUAGUGGCUCACUUAGAAUAAUGUAUUGUGUUAUAUAUAUUACACACAAUUUUGUACGACCAUUAAAAAUGCUUGGUACAUGUAGGUAUAAAUAUUUAUUUUUAAGAUUAAUAUAUGGUUGAAUGUAAUUUACCUUAUGUGAAACUUGUUUACUUUUUAUAAUAUAAUCGCAUAUUUUUAUCUGA